AUAUUUAAACGUAAUCAUUACGAGUAACUCCCGAAAUAUUUAACUUGUUUUUGCAUGCAGACGACUUUUAGGGAAAUAGGGUGUGUAUGUUAAAUUUCAUGUAGGAGACUCGACUAAAGGUGCACCUUUUUCAUUAGCAAUAUGAAACGCCUAAAGUAAGAAAUAUAUUCUAAGAUACGAAGUAGCACAUCACUUGUGUUAUUUAUGUAUUCUAGCGGCGAAUUCGGUUGUGAACAUAUUUUCUUUGUGUAUAGCGACGAAAUGAAAGCAGUUACGCCGAGAAGAGCAAAACAAAACAAAUAAAGACAAAAUAUGAUUUGUUUAUUUAAUAAAUAAAAUGCUAUUUAGCUACGCAGAGAGAAAUUGCAGUCACAAGUGAAAACAGAGAAAUUUGGAGAAGAAGAAAUGAAAUGAAUAAAUUACCAGAGAUAUAUUUUUAGUGCUGCAGUUUUUGUAAAGUUUUUUGUUUGAACGUCAAGAGGCGACGACAGUGCAUUUGUUGAUCUCCGUACCGAUCCUGCUUCCAUCUAAAACAGUAGUAAAAGUUUCGUUGUGUGCGUAGUUCUUUGUGCAACUAGAAUGCAUUAAGCUAACGACGUCAAAUGCAUUACGAAGUACCUAGUUUAGUACGUUUUGUAACGCGGAUAGAGAGACAUCUGAGGCAUCCUGGUUAAUUGCUAACAAUCGACAAAUUGAUUUAACUAAUAUUUAUCGGAAAUAAAAUUUACUUGAAGAGUACUUGCAUUUCCGUUUAGAACUGUAAAACUCUAUUUUAAAAUUUAAAAAUAAAAAUCCAAAUAAUUCUGUUUAAUACUAAAUCGGAGACUGGAUUUAUCAUGUCAACAAACAAAGACAGCCCCAGUCGGGAUUCCACAACAUCGUCUUCAGCACGAAUAUCUCUGCUUGCCGACGCCGAGUCCUUAACACGAGAUUACAGCAUUGGCAGUUUAAUGUCUGCCGUAAGCCAGGAUGAAUAUUUUCGUUGCCGAGAACAUGCUGAAAGCAUUCUUAAGCGUAUGUUUGUGCAUUUAGAGAACCAGCAGCUUUGUGAUGUCGUUCUGAUUGCUGGCGUAGAUGGAAAACGAGUUCCUGCGCAUCGUAUUGUGUUAUCCGCGUCGAGUGCAUAUUUUUCUGCUAUGUUUACGGGUUCUUUGCGUGAAACAAAAGAAAAUGAAGUUACUUUAGGUGAAGUUCAAGGAGAAGCACUGCAGAUUCUGGUGCAGUACUGUUACACAGGCGUGAUAGAAUUGCGUGAGGAUUCUGUUGAGACGCUUCUAGCUACAGCUUGCCUUCUGCAGUUGAACGAUGUAGUUGCUGCUUGUUGUAAUUUUUUGGCUCGCCAGCUCCAUCCUUCCAACUGCUUGGGUUUUGCAUUUUUUGCAGAGCAGCAAAGUUGUAAGACUUUGUUACGGUUAGCACAGGCCUAUACGUGCCAAAAUUUCAUGCAGGUUUGUAAGAAUCAAGAGUUUUUUCAACUAAACGCCAGUCAACUAGGACAACUGAUUUCGAGUGAUGAUUUGAAUGUACUUUCGGAACAAGAUGUCUUUUACAGUCUAAUGUCCUGGAUACAGCACGACGCAAAGAACCGUGAACAACACAUUCCGGAAUUGCUUGCUUUGGUCCGAUUGCCUCUACUGCAACCAUCUUUUAUUGCGGACAAUGUGGAAGCGGUUUGUGGAUCAAAUGAUUGUCAGCAACUUAUUAUGGAAGCGUUGAAGUGGCAUCUUCUGCCCGAGAGACGAUCACUCAUAGCAUCGAAACGCACAAAACCGAGAAAAUCAACUGUUGGACGUUUGCUUGCGGUUGGUGGUAUGGAUGCACAUAAGGGUGCGAUUGGAAUUGAAAGCUACUGUCCUCGCUUGAAUAAGUGGACUGUUUGGAAAAACAUGUCUGCGCGCCGACUUCAAUUUGGCGUUGCUGUAAUGGAUGAUAAGUUAAUAAUUGUAGGCGGAAGAGAUGGGUUAAAGACAUUAAACACUUGUGAAAGCCUAGAUUUAAACACUAUGGCUUGGACGACUUUGAAUCCAAUGGGCACUCACCGACAUGGUUUGGGUGUAGCUGUAUUGGAAGGACCCUUGUAUGCUGUAGGUGGACAUGAUGGAUGGAGCUAUUUAAAUACAGUUGAAAGAUGGGAUCCCGUGGCACGAACUUGGAAUUCAGUUGCUUCUAUGUCUGCAAUGCGCUCAACAGCUGGUGUAACGGUUUUAGGAGGUCGUCUAUAUGUUGUUGGAGGUCGAGAUGGCACUGCAUGCCAUCGUUCAAUUGAGUGUUAUGAUCCACAUACAAAUAAAUGGACACCUCGAACACCAAUGAAUAAAAGGCGUGGAGGAGUUGGAGUCGCCAUUAGCAAUGGUUAUUUAUAUGCAUUAGGUGGUCACGAUUGUCCAGCGAGUAAUCCAUCAGUAUGUCGUACAGAAACAGUGGAACGAUAUGACCCAGCGACGGACACUUGGACUUUGAUUUGCUCUUUGAGCAUUGGCCGUGAUGCAAUUGGUUGUACUUUAUUAGGUGAUCGUUUAAUGGCUGUAGGUGGAUACGAUGGUCAUCAAUAUCUAAAAACUGUUGAAGAGUACGACGAUGAAACAAAUGAAUGGACUCAAGCUGCACCUCUGACAUACAGUCGCGCUGGCGCAUGUGUUGUAGCAAUUCCCAAUGUCAUUCCUCCUACGCCACCCCUGCCAAGUUCAACAAAAAAAUGGAAGCCGGUUAGAUUGAAUCCCAUAUGCUACCGACGCACUGUAGAGUUUGUUGAUUACUAUAACCUUUGAAGAGCCUUCCUAAUGAAUUUAUCAUUGAAAUAUAUUCCUUAUUUAAACAAUAUAAUGUAUGAAAUAAUUUUGAUCAACAUAUGUUGCAUUUUAUUUAUAAA